GUCGGGGCGGGGCCUCGGGCGACGUCUGGGGCGGGGCUGGACCGUCCGCCCAAGCGCUCGGACCCUGAGCAUCCUGCGGGUGGAGGCACCAUGGCCCGGCCCCGCGUGCGGCUGGUGGUCACGGCAGACGACUUUGGCUAUUGCCCGCGGCGCGACGAGGGCAUCGUGGAAGCCUUCCUGGCCGGGGCUGUGACCAGCGUGUCCCUGCUGGUCAACGGCUCGGCCGCCGGGAGCGCGGCUGAACUGGCCCGCAGGCACCGGAUCCCCACGGGCCUCCACGCCAACCUGUCCGAGGGCCGCCCCGUGGGCCCGGCCCGCCAUGGCGCCUCUUCGCUGAUCGGCUCCGAGGGCUUCUUCCUCGGCAAGAUGGGAUUCCGGCGGGCGGUGGCGGCCGGAGAAGUGAUCUUGUCCCAGGUGCGGGAAGAGCUGGAGGCCCAGCUGAGCCGCUUCCGGGAAUUACUGGGCAGGGACCCUACUCACGUCGACGGCCACCAGCACGUGCACGUGCUCCCAGGCGUGUGCUGGGUGUUCGCCGAGGCCCUGCAGGCCUGUGGAGUGCGCUUCACUAGGCUGCCGCUGGAGCGCGGGGUGGACGGCUGCGCCUGGCUGGAGGCCCCAGCGCGGGACUUUGCCGGCGCCCUGGAGCAAGACGCCAGCGCCGCCAUCGGUCCCUUCGUUCACCAUGGCCUUCGGUGGACUGACGUCUUCGUGGGUCUCAGCACGUGCGGCCGGCACCUGUCCGCUCACCGUGUGACGGAGGCGCUGACUCGGGCCCUGGACGGCACGCCCGCUGGCCAGGCGGUGACGGCCGAGCUGAUGGUGCACCCCGGCUACCCGAGUGUGCCUCCGGUUGGGGGCUGUGGGGAGGGCCCUGACGCCUUCUCCUGCUCUUCGGAUCGCCUGCACGAGCUGCGUGUCCUCACGGCACCUGUGCUGCGGGCUCAGCUUGCCCGGGACGGCGUGCAGCUCUGCACCCUAGAAGAGCUAGACUGCAAGAGGCCCGGAGAGGGGUCCACCAGCAAAGCCACUCAGGAAACCUUUCUGGAGCCCUCGCCACCGUGACCCUGGCCGACAGCUGAGUGUUCACGUCCUCGGUGCACAGGAAGGAAACCCGGGCCCCAGAGCCCGCGUUUCUGGGCCUGGACGCUGUCACCUCUGGGCCCAGGUCCUCAUGGCGUGGGGUGGCGGGCAAGCUUCUGCAAGCGCUCUGGCUGUGGGGGGCAGCCAUGACCUCUGGGCCUGGGCCAUCACACCACUGGCAUCAUCCUCGUGUGGGCGCUCGGAGCAGAGGUGGCUGUGUUAAUAAAGCGGCAUGUAUCCUGUGAA